ACAACCCACCGUGGCCCUAUACAGUACAAUUGCACUGAAUGUGAUAAGACCUUCCAGUACCCGAGUCAGCUGCAAAACCACAUGAUGAAGCACAAAGACAUCCGUCCGUAUAUCUGCACUGAAUGUGGCAUGGAGUUUGUGCAGCCUCACCAUCUCAAACAACACUCCCUAACUCACAAGGGUGUGAAAGAGCACAAAUGUGGAAUUUGUGGCCGGGAAUUUACUCUGCUGGCCAACAUGAAACGACAUGUCCUGAUCCACACCAAUAUCAGAGCCUAUCAAUGCCAUUUGUGCUUCAAGAGCUUUGUGCAAAAGCAGACUCUCAAGGCCCACAUGAUUGUUCACUCUGAUGUUAAACCCUUUAAAUGCAAGCUGUGUGGAAAGGAAUUUAACAGAAUGCACAAUUUAAUGGGACACAUGCACUUGCACUCAGACAGUAAGCCUUUCAAGUGCCUCUACUGUCCCAGUAAAUUCACCUUGAAGGGGAACCUAACCAGACACAUGAAAGUCAAACACAGCAUCAUGGAAAGAGGAUUUCAUUCUCAAGUGUCUGAAUCUUCUUCUGUGCAUCCUGAUGGUCAGAGCACAUUUAAGUCCACAGAUGCCUCCUGGGAAGAAGACGACGACAACUGCUAUGAGACAGAGCAUUACAGCCCUGGCAUUUACCAUCACGACAACAACAAGCUGUACGUGGCUCAAGAUCUGUCUGGCAAACCUGAGUGCAUGACGAAGGACUGCAAUGAGAAGGAAAAAAUGCUAAGUAAGGGAGGACUGGAGAAGAGAAUAGGAAAUUCAGACAAACAGGAGAGCCAAGGAGAGAGAGACCUUGCAAACAACAAAGAACACCUCAGCUUUAGAUCCUUUGAAAAGGCCAGACUUGGCCAUUCUCUCUCUGAUUACUUGUAUUUCAAACACAGGAACAAGAGUUUGAAAGAAUUACUGGAAAGAAAAAUGGAAAACCAAACAAAACUUAUAGGCAUUUAA